CUAGAUCCAACUUCGCCUACAUUUUACACAAACCGUGCCGCUGCCUUGAUGAUGUUGAAAAGACCAAAAGAUGCACUUGAUGAUUGUCAAAGAGCAUUAGUUUUAGAUCCAACAUCAACCAAAGCACUUCUCCGUGGUGCAAAAUGUAAUUUUUCACUUGGUAAUCUCUCAGAGGCGGAUCGGUGGUAUACCAGAGUUUUACAUGCUGAUCCUAACAAUAAACAAGCAAUUACGGAAUAUCAUCAAUUGCAACAAGUGCAAGAUUCCAUUAAGCAGGCUGAAUCAUAUUUACAGAAUGGACAAUAUUUCCUUGCUGCAAAUUUAAUUGAUAGGGCAUCUUCUUUUUUGGAUGAAGUUCCUGCAAAAUGGAAAAUAAUGAAAGGCGAAACGCUAUUGGAACAAAAAGAAUAUGGAGAAGCGAGCAGGAUAGCAAAUGAGAUAUUACGUGGAGAUCAGCAAAAUCCCGACGCACAUGUAUUAAGAGCUCGAAUAUUAUAUGCAGAAGGUGAUAAUCAAAAAGCCGCCGCUCAUUGUCAGGAAGCAUUACGUUGUGAUCCCGAUCAUACAAAAGCACGUAUUCUAUUAAAGAAAGCACGAUCAAUCGAGUCACAAAAAAAUGCUGGCAACGAAGCUUUCAAAAGGGAAGAUUUCAGCACUGCAUAUAGUAUUUACACCGCUGCGCUUGAGAUUGAUCCUGAAAAUAAAAAUACAAAUUCCAAACUUUACUCAAACCGAUCUGCUGUGCUAGUAAAACUGGGAAAACUUACGGAAGCGAUAAAAGAUAUGGAUAAGGCACUAGAGUUGGAUCCAACAUUUAUUAAGGUUUUAAAACGACGAGCUGAUACGUAUAUGAAAUUAGAAAAAUAUAGUGAAGCUGUACAAGAUCUAAAGGCUGCUUUAGAAAUUGAUAGUACCAAUCAAGAAAUUCGUAGGGAACUACAUAACGCCGAGCGAGAAUUGAAAAAAGCAUCUCGUAAAGAUUAUUAUAAAAUCCUUGGGAUUCCAAAAGAUGCUUCUGAACAUGAAAUCAAAAAGGCUUACCGAAAAGCGGCACUUCAACAUCAUCCAGACAAGAAUUGUGGUGAUUCGGAGGCUGAAGUCAAAUUCAAAGAAAUUGGUGAGGCUUAUGCUAUUCUUAGCGAUCCCGUCAAAAAACAGCGAUAUGAUUCUGGUGCGGAUCUUGAUGGUCCUGGCUGUGGAAUGGACUUUGAUACUGUCGAUCCUAAUUUAUUCUUCCAAAUGUUUAUGAAUAAUGAUGGCUUUCCUGGCAUGGGUGCUGGUGGAUCUAGAGGUGGGUUUCCUCCAGGCAAAGGUCCAGUGGUUAUCACAGUUUUCAUUAUUGAACUGAAUACCAGUAAUCUAAUGUCACAUGUGGGUUUUGUUUGA